UCGAUACUGAAAGUGUUAACCGCAAUUUGUGAGGUUAUGUUUUUGUUGCAUCGAAGAUUUGACAAUUUUUAGUAAAUAGCACGUGGUGGAAACAGUACAGUUUCGCGCAUGUCAUUCAAGCAACGCGCGAUUAAUAGCGAAUCUAAAUACAGCCUUCGAGGAUUGUUCCUUUUUCUGUUGGAUCAACGGGAAAUUGUAAUCCACGUGAGCCUUCACUUUGUCUGAAGCUUUAAGGAACGAACAACACUUGAAAGAUGGGUCGCACGGUGACGGUAGCAGUGUGCACGUUGAACCAGUGGGCACUGGAUUUUGAUGGAAAUUCUAGGAGAAUCUUGCACAGUAUACAGAAAGCUAAGGAUGCUGGCGCUACUUAUAGAAGCGGUCCAGAGCUGGAGAUUUGCGGGUAUAGCUGCGAGGACCAUUUCUACGAAUCAGACACGUUACUUCACAGCUGGGAAGUACUCGCAACGAUCCUCAAGUCUUCCGUUGCCGAGGAUAUGCUAAUAGAUGUUGGUAUGCCAGUCAUGCACAAGAAUGUGACGUACAACUGCAGAGUAGCCUUUCUGAAUCGACGAAUUCUGCUCAUCAGACCUAAGAUGCAAAUGUGCGAGGACGGCAAUUACAGGGAAUCCAGGUGGUUCUCACCAUGGACCAAGGAACGCACGGUGGAGGACUACUUUCUGCCUAGAAUGAUAUCUCAGAUCACCAACCAGACAGUGGUGCCAUUUGGCGAUGCUGUUAUUUCGACCAGGGACACGUGCGUAGGUUUCGAAAUAUGCGAAGAAUUGUGGAACCCGAUGAGCAAUCAUAUUCCCAUGUGCUUGGACGGCGUAGAAAUUAUAGCAAAUGGCAGUGGCUCAUACUUUGAACUACGAAAAGCAUAUGUUACCGUAGACCUCGUUAAGUCAGCUACGUUCAAAUCGGGUGGAUGUUACAUGUUUAGUAACCUGAGAGGUUGCGAUGGCUCUAGACUCUAUUUUAAUGGAGGAUCUUCUAUCACCUUGAACGGUCAGAUCUUGAACCGUGGUAAACAGUUUGCUCUGGAUGAGGUAGAAGUUAUUGUCGCGACCUUUGAUUUGGAAGACAUAAGGACUUAUAGAAACAAUAUUAGGUCGAGGUCUCAUGUAGCUGCCAGAUCACCAAGUUAUCCACGCGUGAAAGUGGACUUUGCUCUAACUCCUGAAAAUUUAAUUUCAAAUCCUCCAGAUCGGCCGAUCGAUAUAGACUUAGGUCCUUAUGAAAACAAGAACGUUACAGGAAAACUUGUUUAUCACACUCCUGACGAAGAAAUUUCGAUGGCUCCUGCUUGCUGGCUCUGGGACUAUUUAAGGCGCUCCUACCAAGGUGGGUUUUUCUUACCCUUGAGUGGCGGUGUGGAUUCUGCAUCAUCAGCAUGUGUAGUUUAUUCCAUGUGCGAUAUGAUCGUGGACUCGAUUAACAAAGGAGACACGCAGGUAUUGUCUGACAUCAGGAAGAUAGUCGGCGAUUGUGAAUACGUACCAACUGAUCCAAAACAAUUGUGUGCUACACUUCUUAUUACGUGUUACAUGGGUACUGAAAACUCAUCCGCCGAAACAAAAGCGCGAGCUGCCGAACUCGCUAGUCAGAUUGGCUCUUAUCAUCACAGUAUAGUGAUCGACGUUGCUGUGUCCGCUAUUCUAACCAUUUUUCAACAAGUCACCAGAUUGACUCCGAGAUUUAAGGUGCAAGGAGGAUCUCCUAGAGAAAAUUUAGCUCUGCAAAAUAUACAAGCUCGCUUGAGAAUGGUAAUAGCUUAUUUGUUUGCCCAAUUGAUGCUCUGGGUUAGAGGACGACCUGGUGGUCUAUUAGUAUUAGGGAGCAGUAACGUUGACGAAGCGCUUCGAGGAUACUUUACGAAAUAUGAUUGCAGUAGUGCUGAUAUCAAUCCUAUCGGCGGAAUUGCAAAGAACGACUUAAAAUCGUUUCUUUCUUAUUUUAGGAGAAAACAUGGAAUAACAGCUUUGGAUGGCAUUUUGGAUGCUCCUGCGACCGCAGAGUUGGAGCCCCUUCAAGGAGGGCAACUCGCACAGCUUGAUGAAGUUGAUAUGGGUAUGACGUACAAGGAGCUUGGUAUUUUUGGCCGGUUGAGAAAGCAGGAUUGUGCCGGUCCCUUCGCUAUGUUCUGUAGACUUAUUCACAUGUGGGAUAAUUGUACACCAAAAGAAGUGGCGGAUAAAGUGAAACAUUUUUAUAGGUGUUAUGCGAUAAAUCGGCAUAAAAUGACUAUCUUGACACCAUCUUGUCAUGCAGAAACUUACAGUCCGGACGACAAUAGAUUCGAUCAUCGACCUUUCCUAUACAAUCAUAUGUGGAAGUGGCAGUUUAAUGCAAUCGACGAACAGGUGAAACGUCUUCUCAACGAAGAGAAAUCACCGAGAGAUCGAAAGACCGUGCCGAAGACGAAUUACGUAUUCAAGCCGUUCAACGCCGUGAUCAGUAACAAAACGCAUCCUGGAGUAGUAGUUUAA